AUGGACUUGAGUGAGAGCAAGUCAUGGCCCCCGCUCUUGCCACGACUUCUGUCAGCCAUGGUCUUUCAAAACCCGCCAUGCGUUGGAUUUGAAUCUCAACUGUGCUUCUGUGGCCUUAUUGUUGGACGACGUGGAUGGCUAGCCUUCUUGGAACUGGUUCUCACAAUUCUAUAA